AUGUCGGUCCUACUACGCCAAUACGAAUUGUAUAAGAGCUACUGGAAGUACCUUUUCUUGUCAUGGCGUCUCUCACGUCCUUACACCGGCUACAUCAAAAUGACUCUUCUGAUGAUUAUGCUUUCUUUCUUAGCAGCGUUCAUCUCUCCUUCCAGUUCCAAGACCAUUGUACCUCAGCCAAAUGGACCCCUCGGUGUCUCGGUGGUUAAUAUGCAGCUCGUCGACAGCAGCCGUCGGGACCCCUAUUCGAACGCGUCCCAGCGUGUUCUCCCAAUCUCCAUAAUUUCUCCCAUCGGCCCCGUGGCCAGAUGUGACCAGGUCAUCCAGCCUUACAUGGACAAUACCACAGCUUCGUACUGGGAACAGGCAUUUGCCUCACUUUACGACCUUUCUAUCUCUCUCAACGGUACUUUCACACAGACAGAACUUUCCCUCUGCCUACCAACGUCGCUCCACAAGCCAUAUCCCUUGGUCCUCUUCCCACCUGGCCUCGGAAUUUCGAGACAAUUCAGCCAUAUUAUGUGUACAAAUAUUGCUUCCUAUGGCUACAAUGUGGUCACAGUCGAUAUACCAGGUCAAGACAAUAUCGUCACGUAUGCGGAUGGAUCUGUUCAAUAUGGCAACUCGAACAUUGUCACCGACGCUCAACUUGCAUCUGCCAUUGAGGUCCGUGUCCAAGACCUCGAUUUCGUGUUCAAAUCGCUUUCACGUCCGUCCAGAGCCCUGGCUGCAAAACAUCUGAACCUGGCGACAUCUUCUGUCGGUAUUUUCGGUCAUUCACUGGGUGGGUCGGCCGCUCUCUCCGCCAUCAUCAACGACACGCGCUUCCUGGGCGGAGCAGAUUUUGAUGGCGGUUUUGACGUCUCUCCUUUGACAGUCAAAACUCACAAGCCGUUCCUCAUCUUUGCAAGCGCCGUUCAUGACCAGAGCAAUGUCCCCUCCUGGCCCAUUGUGUGGCAGAACCUUGACGGAUGGAAGCUGCAGCUGCAGCUGAACAAUAGCGCCCACGGGACAUUCUUUGAUCUACCUUUCCUGGUAGAGCUUUAUGGAAUUGAUAAUAUCCCAGAAAACAUGUCGACCUCACCAGACGGAAUCUAUGAACCGGGAAUUAUUGAUCCAGGUUUCCCGGUCAAGAAUUCAACUCGGUCGUUUUGGCACACAGAAGCCUCGGUUAUCGGCAAGCUCCAAUCUCCAUGGCUCGACAAAGCAGAUGUUGUAAUUAUCGGCUCUGGUAUGACAGCUAUGAGUCUCGCCAGAACCCUGUACUCAAAGCGUCCACAGCUUCGUAUGGUGGUAGUUGAGGCUCGGGAUCUCUGCUACGGUGCGACCGGGCGUAACGGAGGACAUUGUAAAGUCAUGAGUCCUGGUGUCUGGUACGACCGCAAAGAGCAGUACGGUGUUGAAGAGGCCCUACGCGUGAUGGAAUACGAGCACAGCCAUCUAAAUGCAAUGGCGGCAUGUAUCGAGGAGAACAAGAUUGAUUGCGACCUGCGUCUUGUCGAGGGCCUGGAUAUCUACCAUGACAAGAAAGUCUUCCAACGAGCAAUAGAUGCUCUCGAAGAUAUGCGUGCGCACAGCCCUGACCUUGCGAGUCGCUACACCGUCUACACCACGAAAGAAGACCUUGCAGCCCGCAAUUUGACUCUCGAUACUCACUGUGUCGGGGCAAUCGGCAUGGCCGCCGGAACCCUUUGGCCGUACAAAUUCGUGAGCGGCAUCUUCAAGAAACUAGUCGACCGACACGGCCUCUCCAUUCAAACCAAUACGACUGUCACUUCCAUCAUCGACAACGACCCAGACGACUUUGCCAUCGUUGGAACUGACAGAGGUACCAUACGUACAAAGCACGUUGUACACGCCACGAACAGUUGGAUCGGUCAUUUGGUUCACGAGCUACGACCCUUCGUCUCACCUGUACGCGCAAAUGUUCAACGACAAGUACCACGUCCCAACACGCUAAGGGUGAACAAACACUCCUUUUGGCUUCGCUACGGUGAAAAGGACUAUGACUACAUCAUUCAACGCGACGACGGGUCGUUCAUUUUGGGCCGAGCCAAUACGGGACGACGGGCGACGGCGGAUGACAGUGAAAAGGAUUUGGUGCCCCACGCACAUCUCCGAGCCGUGACGCCCCAGAUAUUCAAUUUUGGAACGAAAACGCUGGACGUGACACACGCUUGGAGUGGGUCGGUAGCCUUCACAUUGGAUGGAAAUCCUUUUGUAGGCCAUCUCUCCUUUCCGGGUCGGAGGCACCAAUGGGUGUGUGGAGCAUACCAGGGCAUCGGAAUGGUCAGGGCAUUCCGGACAGCCCAGAUGUUGGCAUUACUCCUGCUCGAAGAAGAGGUACCGAAGGAGUAUCCACGUUCCAUGCUUCUCACUCCUGAGCGCGUUCGAAAAAUGCAAAGAUUCAUCGGAAGUAAACUGUGA